GGAAGGAGCGGCGUGAGGCGAACUGAGGCGGCCGCCCGGCCCCUCCGUCCAUCAUGGCGGCCGCCCCCUGAGGAAGGCCCUUGCUUUUCAGCCCCAUCUUGUCAGCUUCUCCUUUCCAGAUGGCACGCCUCUUCAUCUACGGCACCUUGAAGAAAGGCCAGCCCAACUCCUCCGUCAUAACAAAUCCCGCCAACGGGAAGGCCGAAUUCCUGGGCAGGGGACGCACUGUCGAGAAAUACCCUCUGGUGAUUGCGGGCCAACACAACAUUCCCUUCCUGCUGCACGUCCCGGGAAAAGGGCACCGUGUUUUUGGGGAGAUGUACACUGUCGACAACCAGAUGCUGCAAGUCCUUGAUGAAUUUGAACAAUGCCCAGACGUGUAUCAGCGCACUCCCAUGAGAAUUGAAGUUUUAGAGUGGGAAGGUAAAAGCAAGACACCUGAGGAGAAGCCAGCUGUCAACAGCACCGUGGAAUGCUUUGUAUACAGCACGAGUACCUUCCAGCCGGAGUGGCUAAAUCUCCCUUUCUAUGACAGUUACAACUGCCAAGGGGAACAUGGCCUUCGUUAUAAUCCUCGUGAAAAUAGAUGAGAAGUGGACAAGGGAACACUCGACUCAGGUGACGACUGAAACUCAUGUUUAUGAUCUCAACCUCUUCUACAAUCCUGACAAGAAAUGCCUAAAAGAUAUUUUUUAAAGCAACGUAUUUACUUAUCCAAACAACUGUGUGGAAAUGUAACAUCACAUUCCCUCAGAGUAGCUGAUCUUGACAAUAUUAUUAAUAUACAUAAACAACAUUAAUCCAUGUUUUUGCUUUUCCUCCUGUGUGUGUGUGUGCGUGCGCACACACACACGCUGGCAUAAGAGAUAUCUUCAAUAUAUUCCCUUACAUAAAAUACGCUGAGAAAAAUUAACAAAGACUUUAUCGACCUCAACAAAUAAAUGCCUUUAGCUAAAAUAUCGUGAAUUUCUACUUUUGAAAUUGGUGUUUAUCCCCCAAGCCCGUCGGGAGUUUUUUGGGGAAUCAAAAAAUUCUACUCUGAAAGGAAAGGUCCUUUUACAAAGAUGAUUUUUUUUAGAUGCCUCGGCUCAACCAUACUUUCACCACCUUUUUUUUUCGUAGAUGGGAAAUUACAAAAUUCUAUUUCAUCCUUCAGUAAAUCUCAAUCAGAAAGAAGCUUUUAAUAAAACUUACCUUCCUAAGAAACGUUAAGUGGCUGUUUGGGGCACUAGACUGUAGGAUCAUUUGAGAUAGAUGGGGGUGGGCAUUUUUUUACCCUAAGAAAUCAUCUCUCUUUGCUCUUACCUCUUGCAUGCUGCUUCAAGGUGUGAGUUGGCUAGUUUAAGCACUAAGGGAAGGGCUAGGAAAAUUCCCACCAUAUUUGAGAAGCCAAGAUAUGCCACUAACUCCUGAAAGGAGGCAACUUGAGGGGUGGGACAGACUAAGGUGAAAGUAGCAACAUGUUAAUAACUUGUGCUUCAGGCCCCAGAGAAAACAUAGCUUCUAAUACAAACAGCACUUGAACAUAAUUAUAGCAAGGCAAUUAGUGGCAAUUACUAUACACCCACAGAAGAUAUUUCCAAUGGGUAUGGCUUGAAUGAAUGAAAAUGUAUUUCCCCCUUACCAAUGCCCACAAAGCAGUUCAGACAGACAGCGAGCAGGUCUCUGGUGCCAGAUUCACAUCUUCGUUAAUGAACCAGUCGAGGGUGAUGACUGACUUCGUAUCUGAACGAUGAAAUGAUCUUGACUUUUAGCCUUUCCUUUCUUAAUUGCAACUUGCUUUACAAGAGCCAAAACUGAGAAAUGACCAAGGAAGGAAUAUCUGGGUUCCCUAGUCUUCUAGGCUAGGCAAAACCCACUUUAUAAAGAGAACAGAUCAAUGGGGUACAGCAAAUAGGUCCUUACCUGUAGUAAAAGUGGAGAGACAACUGCAAAGAAAUCAGAACAGUUCUAUUUUGAAAUGCUUGUUUUCUCACAGGCAAAAGGCUAAUGACAAAAAUUACUAGUGUUAUUCAAACGGUAAACACACUGGCAUACAAAAGCUCCCCGAGAAUGAGGUCUUUAUUUUUAAAAAGGCAAAAAAAUUGGGCAAAUUGCACAGGUGUAUUGAUUUAUUUGGGCACUAGAAACCAUACAGCAGAAAUACAAAUCAUAUAUACAAGUAUUUAUACGGCUAAAAAUUGCCAUUAGUGAUCUGGACAGAAAGUUGGUGUUAACCAU